GAGUUUUGUCGAAAAACUUUUCUUUUUUCACUAUUGUGUUUUUCAUUUUUUUAUCUUUACCUAUUUAUAGAAUUUGUUACUGUUUGAAACAAUGGAAAAGUUUUUGGUAACCAAAAAUAUUGUUAAGAAAGUUCGUAAAUUUAGUUUAACAGGUAGACAUAUAGAGUUUAAGAUUCGCCCGGCUCCCGAAGACUAUGAUCUAUUAAAAUGGAUCAAAGACGGUCUUAAGGGCGUUGUCGCUAGAGUAACUGAAGGAACAGAGUCAAGUGAUCAGAUCGGUUUUACUUUUUGCUCUAAAGAGUUUACACGUGGCGAUGGAUGGUUGUCUUUUCGACAGGCUUCACAAAUAAAGUUUGAAGAUAUAUGGGAUAUGAUUUCGAAAGUGUACCAGUCUAAUUCGUCGGCUUUCGAUACCGAAACGUUUUGUCUCGGGGCAACAACUGUAAAAAUGCCUAGCGGUAAAGGUAAUUUGCGUAGGCGUAAAUAUAACAACUUUGACGAAGAAUGUGCUCGUCGUAGUGGUAUUAUAACAAUAGUUAACAAAGACCACCUAUGCCUGGCUAGAGCCAUAGUUGUGGCCAAAGCAUAUAUUGAUAAUGACCCCGACAAAACGAAGCUUCGUAAAAUUACGGGGCUUCAGACGCAAAAAACUCUAGAGCUAUUAGAAUCUAGUGGUAUCGAGAUACCCAAAGAGGGUGGUGGUAUACCAGAAUUGAAUAAAUUUCAAGAAUAUUUGACAGACUAUACUUUAACUGUUUACAACUAUGGUGCAAAAGGUCGUGAUGUCGUGUUUGAAGGAAUAGGUGGCUGUAAGAAAAUUAAUUUGCUGUAUCAAGAAAAUCACUAUAACGUAAUAAUUUCUUUAACAUCUGCUUUUUGCUGUUCAUAUUUCUGCGAAAAUUGUCACAGCCCCUACACACACAAGACCUCACACCUCUGUGAAAGAAAUUGUCCUGCCUGUGAACAAGUUCCACCUUGUACUUUUAGCACAAAAAUUGUGUGCACCAACUGUAAUCGCUAUUUUAGAGGGCAAAAUUGUUAUGCUUAUCACAUUCAGACUAAACUCUGCGACCGGGUGGUAGCUUGUACAUUAUGCCUAAAAACUUUUAGGAAAGAUAGAGUACAUACAUGUGGUGAGAUUUUCUGUAAAGUGUGUAGAGAAUUUAAACCCUCUCCCCACAACUGUUACAUGCCAGUAGAUACACAUAAACCCACAAUGGACGGUACUCUCUUCAUAUUUUACGACCUCGAGUGUACACAAGAAGAGGUUAUGCCUGACGGUACUCAUCGUCAUAACUGUAAUUUGUGUGUGUUUGAACAACACUGUGCACUAUGUAUAGGUACAGAUAUAAAAUGGUGUGAUACCAAGUUCUAAAAAUAGACCCCGUUGCUCGUUUUAUGGAAUAUGUAUUAAACCAGCGCACUCUAUUCAAGAAAAUCAUCGUAGUUGGUCAUGCAGGUGGACUCUACGAUAAUCAGUUUAUGUUAAAUCAUAUAAUGACAAAGACAGAUCUCACACCUGAACUAAUUACACGAGGAACAAAACUAUUACAAUUAAAAGUGGGUAACGUCAGUUUUAUCGACUCGCUAAAUUAUUUUCCGAUGCCUCUAGCAAAGUUACCAAAAGUCUUUGAUUUAAAAAAUAUAAAAAAAGGGUACUUUCCACAUUUAUUUAAUAAAAAAGAAAAUUGGAACUAUAUUGGUCCGUUACCUGCUCUCGAAUACUAUGACCCUGACAGUUUAAAAUAUGUUCCAAAAUUAGACGAGGAAGAGGAUGCUAGAAAUCAACUUAUAUCCUGGCACAAAGGUCUCUCUGAGCAAAACUACGUUUUUGAUUUCCAAAAAGAAAUCAUAGCGUACUGCAUUGACGACGUCAGUAUUCUCGCUCGCUCAUGCUUGAAAUUCAGAGAUUUGCUUUUAAAAGAAGGAGGGGUGGAUCCUUUUACAGAAGCUAUUACUCUACCCGGGGCGUGUAAUAAGAUAUUCCGCAGAAAUUUUUUUAAGCCAAAUACCAUCGGUCUGAUUCCAAAGAAUGGCUAUAGGUGUCGGGAUAAACAAUCAAAGAUAGCAAUUCAAUGGCUGAUUUGGGAAGAACGGCAGAGAGGUAUAAAAAUAGAACACGCAUCUCGGGGCAGAGAAGUUGUUAUUAACGGUCUUAAGUUGGACGGGUACUGUAAUACCACACGAGAAGUCUUUGAAUUUGAGGGUUGUUACUUUCAUGGGUGUCCAAAAUGUAUUAAAUACAAACGUGGCACACCUACCUAUGAGGAUCCAUCCCUCACAUAUGAACAACGUUACGAAGCAACCUCGGCAAAAAAUGAAAAAUUAAGACAGUUAGGUUACGAAGUGCUUGUGAAAUGGGAGUGUGAUUUUCGUCGGGAGAUGUCUGAAAAUUCUGAAAUCAGCAAAUAUACUGAAAAACACCCUCUCUUUUCACAAACACCUCUGGAGCCUCGUGACGCUUUUUACGGUGGGCGAACAGACGCCACAAAAUUAUAUUAUUCUUGUAAGGAAGGGGAGAAAAUAAAUUAUCGGGAUAUUUGCAGCCUCUAUCCGUACAUAAACAAAUAUGGAAAAUACCCCAUAGGUCAUCCAGAGGUUUAUGUGGGAGAAGCAUGUUAUGCUUCAGAUCUAAAGACUAUAAAUGGAUUAAUUAAAUGUAAAGUGUUACCACCUACAAAUCUCUAUCAUCCCGUUCUUCCAUAUAAAACAAACAAUAAAUUAAUUUUCCCUCUAUGCCGUACUUGUUGUGAAAAUAUGUUAAAGGAAGAGUGUAGUCAUGCGGACGAAGAGCGUGCAAUUACGGGGACUUGGGUAAUGGACGAGGUGACAAAAGCUUUGGAAAAAGGCUAUAAAAUAUUAGAUAUAUAUGAAAUUUGGGAAUAUGAAACGGUACAGUACGAUCCUUCCACAAAGUCUGGCGGUCUUUUUGCUGAAUAUAUUUCUAAAUUUUUAAAAAUAAAACAACAAGCUAGCGGGUGGCCUCCAGAGUGUAAGACUGAUGAAGACAAAAAGAUGUAUAUAAAAGAAUAUUUUGACAGAGAGGGAGUAGAGCUAAACCCCGAUGAAAUUGAGUACAAUUCUGGGCGUAGACAAGUCGGCAAAUCUAUAAUUACUAGCUUCUGGGGAAAACUUGGACAAUUAGAGAACCAGAGCAAAUGUUCUAUUGUUAAUGACCCAGCAGAACUAUUAGAUAUUCUGUCACAGCCUUACAAAGAAGUUAACCAUAUAUUCCCAGUUAAAGAGAACACUCUCAUCGUUAACUGGUCCUUUAAAGAUGAGGCAUACACUUCUCUACCGACCUUAACGAUAACGAUAACGAUACCACCGAAGAGUACGUAACUACUCGAAAUAUAUUAAGAAAUACCAACCAUUCUGUCGUCACCAAAGAGGUAACUAAAGUAUUCCGCACCACUUUUACUAAACGGAAACGAAUUGAAAACUAUAACUCUGUUCCUUAUGGAUACAAACGGCAAUGCAUCUAGUAUUGGUAAUCUUUUUUAAGUAGUAUUUUUGUAAAGUUAUCCACCUAAGAAAAACAGAGUGAGGUUGAGAGGUCAGUUCAUAGCUAUUCUGCGGAAACAUUCGAUUUAACAUGCUAGCUGUAUUAAAUAUCAGCUGUUUUCAUAGCUAUUUCCUUCCUAUCCCUUCCUUAUACCCUUUCAUCAUAGUACAUAAGUAUUUUUAAAAUUAUUAAACAGAAUUUGAAAAAUUAUUUAAAGUCUCCAUUUAAAUCAACGUGCAAUAUUAGGGCCCCCGCAGACUGCAGACUUUUUAUCGGCCGAUAGUUUGGUCGGUUUCUUAAUCAGUAUGGAGAGGAAUGCAUAUGCGCACACUACAGAGAUUCAGUAUCGGCCGAUAAAAAAGUUUGAUGGGCUACUCGAUUACAUUCAAACUAAUCUGUCGGCCAACUGUCGGCCGACUGUUUAAUCAGUAUUGGCGCAUACACGCCUGCGCAUACACGACGAUUGUUUAGUCGGCCGAUAGUUCAGUUCGCUCUGUGAUUUGGCGUCGUGUGCUUCUAUUCAAUAUGGCUUCGCCCAAAUCACAAUUGUUGAUUAUAGAAAGUUCCGUCGAAAACUUAAUUGAAGAAGUCGAGAAAAGACCUGCGCUUUAUAAAAAAAGUUUAAAGGAGUACUCCGACGCGAAUAUGAAGAAAAAACUGUGGGAGGAAGUUUGCGAAGCAGUUGUUGUUGAUUGGAAUUCGCUUAGCGCUGAGGAGAAAACAAACAAAGGUCGUGAUGUGCAAAAAAAAUGGGCUAAUUUAAGGACUUGCUAUCGUCGCGAAUUAAACGCUCAAAAGAACACUAAGUCGGGGCAAGCUGCGAAUAAAAGGCGUAAAUAUGUCUACUUUGAACAGUUAUUAUUUUUACUUCCAUGCAUGGAAAACCGACUUACUGAAGGUAACCUGGAAGAGGAAAAUUUUCUAUCAAAUGAUGAGCAUGAUGAUCAAGCGGGUUCAUCCACUCCCACCCCUAUUCGUCAGCGGAAAAAGAGACCUAAUGUACCGAAGCAGACGGACGUGGAUGAAGCAUUAUUAAAGGCAUUAAAUGAGCCUAAUACUGAUGAAGAUGUGAACUUCGCUUUGUCACUGGUCCCUUCACUCCAAAGUUUAACCGCAGAAGAAAAACUUGAU